AUGGAUUCUUUGGUUGAAUUUGCUUACGAUGAUGUUGUUACAAAACAACCAUUAGAUGAUUAUUCAAAUAAAAUUUGGUUCAUUGUUGAUAUGAAAUGUGAAAGAAGUAUUAAUUUUGUGGCAAUGAGUGAUCGGUGGUUUUAUGGGAAUCCUUAUCGUUGGGUAUUUUAUGAUAUCAAUCAAGCUCAGAUUAGCGAAUUAGAGCAACUUCCUUUUCUGACCGAUAGCAAUAUUUUAAUUGUUCGCUCCGAAACAUCGAGCACUUUUAUCUUACAACAGUUUUAUAAAAUUCAUGCUAAAGCAAACGAAGUCUAUUAUGAGUCGUUUGGAACAUGGAGCUUUGCAGAUGGACUGUUUGACAAUAGAACUAAUCGAAUUUUAUCAAAAAGAAGACGGAAUUUAAAAGGUCGCAUUAUUUCGGUGUCAAUGGUUCUGACACAUAACGACUCCAUAAAUCAUUUAACAGAUUAUCGCGAUCGUUUAAUUGAUUCCCCUUCAAAAGCUGCAUAUCCCGUUUGUGUGCAUUUGGUUGCAGCAAUGAAUGGUACCGCAAAUUUUACUGUUGAAAAAACAUGGGGCUAUAAAAAUCCACAAACGGGUGAAUUCGAUGGUAUGACAGGGCAACUGUUACGAAAAGAGGCUGAUAUUGGUGGGACAAUCAUCUAUAUGGUGCCAGCCCGAAUUCCACAAAUGGACUUUAUAAGCAUGAUCGUUGAUACGAGAGCAGAGCUUGUGUUUCGUGCCCCGCCCCUCUCAUACGCAAGCAAUAUAUUUUACUACCCUUUCACUGGAACUGUGUGGAUAGCAACAGUCACUUUGACUGUGAUCGCUUCAAUUGUAAUAUACUUCACGUAUAUUUUGCCAAGUGAAAGCGAACGCGAUCACGUUCGGGAUGCUUUUUCAGAUGUUAUAUUACUAUCAUCUGGUUUAGUUAGUCAAAUGGGACUCCAUAUAAAUCCUCGCAUUAUUUCUGGUCAAAUUUCAUCGUUCGUCGCGUUGAUGUGCCUGCUUUUCGUCUUUACGUCGUAUACAGCGUGUAUUGUGGGUUUGUUACAAUCAACAACAAAAAGUAUAUCCACACUCGACGACAUUCUAAAUUCAGAAAUAGAAGUUGCUGUACAAGAUGUUCCAUAUAAUAGACAUUUUAUACCGCUAAUGACUGGCGAUGCACAAAGAAAAAUCUACCAAACAAAAAUCGCUCCACCUGGUCAAGAGCCGAAAUUUUACAAUCUAUCUUAUGGCAUAGAUAGAGUACGCGAGGGAUUCUUUGCAUUUUAUGUUGAACUCGGUAGUGGCUAUGAUCGAAUCAAACAGACAUUUCUAGAACAUGAGAAAUGUGGUCUCAUUGAAAUUUCAUACUCUUACAUGGUUAAUCCGUGGUUUGCCAUUCAGAAACACUCGCCUUUGAAAGAAAUCAUCAAAGUGAAGUGCGUUAAAUUCAGUAGAAUUUUCCAUUCAAAUUGA